AUGUUAUAUGAAAAGGUAUCCAAAUAUUUCUUUGGACAGGCAGAUAUAGAGUACCUUGGUCAUAUUAUCACUGCAGAGGGAGUUAAGGCAGAUCCAAACAAGAUUGCAUGCAUGAAGGAAUGUCCUACACCAACUAAUAUUAAGGAGCUAAGAGGGUUUCUUGGAAUCACUGGUUAUUACAGAAAGUUUGUACAAGGGUAUGGAGCUAUCAACAGACCACUCACUGAGCUUUUGAAGAAAAAUUCCUUUUUAUGGAGUGAGUCAGCCACAAUGGCUUUUGAACAACUCAAAACAACCAUGACUAACACACCAGUACUGACCUUGCCAGAAUUUUCAAAGCAGUUUACUAUUGAAACUGGUGGAAAAAAAAUAAACACCCCUCCUUUUUAG